UAUUAGGAAGAUGGUGAAGGCAAUCAUAGCGCCGUCGAUGCUAUCAUCGGACUUCGCUAAUUUAGCAUCUGAAGCACAGCGUAUGCUCAAUUGCGGUGCUGAUUGGCUCCACAUGGAUAUCAUGGACGGGUAGGUCAAGCUCUGGUUGUAUACAUGUUAAAAUGAUGGGUGGAUAAUUGAAUGAAAAUUGUGCUCAUUGGAGUUUUUCAUAUUUCUAAACACAGAAGGUACCGUAAUACUUUUUUUCUGCACUCGGCUCUUUUGCAGACACUUUGUCCCAAACCUUACCCUUGGUGCUCCAGUUAUCGAGAGUCUGAGAAAGCACACUAAGGCAUACCUGGACUGCCACCUCAUGGUCACUAAUCCCCUUGAUUAUGUGGAACCGCUAGGCAAAGCUGGUGCCUCAGGCUUUACUUUCCAUGUUGAGGCAGCUAGAGAUAAUUGGCAAGAGCUUGUUCAACAAAUAAAGUCAAAGGGCAUGAAACCUGGAGUUUCUUUGAAGCCUGGUACACCAAUUGAAGAAGUCUACCCACUGCUUGAUGGUGAGAACUCUGUCGAACUGGUCCUUGUGAUGACUGUUGAGCCUGGUUUUGGGGGACAAAAGUUUAUGCCAGAGAUGAUGGAUAAGGUACGUACUCUCAGAAAGAAGUAUCCAUCACUUGAUAUAGAGGUGGAUGGUGGUUUAGGACCUUCAACCAUUGAGGCAGCAUCCUCGGCUGGAGCAAACUGCGUAGUUGCAGGAAGUUCGGUUUUUGGAGCUCCAGAUCCAGCACAAGUCAUAACAUUGUUGCGGAACAGUGUGGAGGAAGCUCAAAAAAGGAGUUUAUAAGAUCUCAUGUUCUACUAACGAACCAUCAAAGGAGGAUACCGAUCAUAUAUUUUCAAUCACGUGUAGGAUAUCAUCAUCUUGAGAUACCUGCACUUUUUGAGUUAUCGGAGUUGUAUUUGUUGAAUAAUGUUAAACAUGUAUUUUGUCACAUCUCUAAAUUCUCACACAUUGAGUUGUCCAAGUUGUAUUUUGGAAUAAUGCGAAAUUCUGGUGCUGGAUUUCGAUGAAGUCCAUGUCACAUAUAUUUUAUCACUCAGUUUAAUUCCUAUAUACUUUAUCUCUGCGGCGUUA